AUGGACAUAACAAUGACUGCAAGAAGCGCUCGAUUAGAGUCACACUUGUUAUCUGAUAAGAUUACCUUUCAAAAUACCCUCACGUGGUCGCGCAUCUACUCGCUUGCCAAAAAAUUACUCGACCUCUGCAGAGACGUUGCCGACUUCAUCUUGAAAAUGGCUUCGUCAAAAAAGUCAAAACCACCCAAGGGUCGACCAGCCUCUACUUCAGCCAUUUCUCAACCAUCUCUAUCAGAAACUCCUCCUCUUCUCUCCUCCUUUUCCUCGGACGGCAGCCUAUUCGCGUUGAUAACACUGGCAGUCGACAAACAUCGCUUGCGUAUCUACAAUACAGCCUCAAAUCGUGCAAUAGCAGAAUAUACAGUGCAGACAGGACGCGUUUCCUCCUUGACCUGGAGCAAUUUAACUGUGGAUGCCGAUGCCGAGCUCAGUUCACCAAAUAAAAGGAGGAAGAAAAAACGAGUAGAAGGCAUAGAAGAAGGGGGCUCUGCAACUCUGGUCGUCAUCCUUGGUAUUUCCGAUGGAUCCAUCUCAGUUUUCUCUCCUUCGCAUUCGAAGGUCGUCCGAACGUUAACACACCCAACUAGCACGUCCGCCGUUCUGUCCCUUGCGACGACGCCGUCUAGCCCGUCAAAUUUGUGGUCAUCCAGUGCCAACAGCUCUGUUCAUCUUUGGAAUGUUCAGCAAAGUCAUAUGCUCCGAAGCUGGAAGAUUGAGGAUCGCAUAGCAUACACUUCUCUCUCCAUACGACCCUCGACAGACGAAUCUCAAGCAAACCUUCUCGCCGCUCACCAUCACAUUUGUCUCUUUGCAGAAGUCUCGGCCUCCCAUGAUUCAGCUUCCACUCAGCCGAAACAGCUGGCCACCUUUACAGGACAUGCCUCUUCGAUCAAAAUCUUACGCUGGGUGAACACGGAACCAACAGUCCAUAGAUUCCUUUCUGCCGCGGAAGGCGAUCGUUUCGUUUAUGUGUGGGACACAGAUGGUGCUUCCAUCCAUAAAAAACCAACGGCAUCAAUAUCUCUAGACUCCGAUGUCAGGUCUCUGGCCCUCACCACGGACCCAUCCAAACAGGUCAUAAUCACACUCUCAACAUCUGGGAAGGUUUCCUUCAUUCCCAUCCCAGCAGAUUUUUUGUCUUCUCGAGGUACCAGGGAUAAAUCCCAAAACAUCCAUUCGCUUCUACCUCGUGCAACCCUCACAAGCGUCUCAAAAGAUCGCGUCACCGACCCUCCAGUCAUAAAUGUGGCGUCCAUUCCUGGUAGUUCAGGUUCAAUCAAGGUUGCACGACUAGUGAGAAAUAUACAGCCAAUUUUCGACACAGUUCGCUACUUAGAUGAUAGUGGGAACUUUAUCCAAAGUUUGGCCCUCGACGAGGUAGACCAAACUUCCGUAGAUGAUGGCCCUCAGUUGGCACCUAACAAACGUUAUCUCGAGCCUUCGUUGAUAGCUGUCGGAUCGGGUCUUGAUGUUGGCCGGGACGAAGAAGACGAGGCCUCUGCUGCCCAGCGUGAAAUCGACGGCUCUCUCGAAGUCGACCUUGCUGAACUCUCUCUUGGACAAAGAUUGGCAGCAGUUGGUGAUGGCGACUUGCAGCAGACAUCUGAGAGCGACAACGGCGAAGGCGGUGCUGGGCCAUCCCGGAAAUCGAAGUCAAGCAAAGGGCGGAAUCGCUCUGAAAUUUCGGUGAUUCCUGCCAAUUCGCUGACCCGGACACUGAUACAAGCACUCCACUCCUCCGAUAGUCGCCUACUUGAAAUGUGUCUGGCACAUUCAGACCCUGCACUAAUACGGAACACCGUCAGGAGGCUACCGCCGCAGCUAGCCAUUCCGCUAAUAAAUGCCUGUGUUGAAAGGCUUGGGAAGGGAGCACGAGCUGCAAAUGUGAAGGGUGGUGGCGGAGGGGCGAGCUCUCAGCGCGGGAUGGGACUCGUGGCCUGGAUAAAUACUGUGUUGAUCGUUCAUACUGGCCAUUUGAUGACAAUACCGGACCUUGUCGCUCGUCUAUCUGGUCUUCAUUCUACUUUGACGUCGAGGUUGAGCUUAUACGAAAGCUUAUUAUCUCUCAGUGGCCGCCUGGAUACAGUCCUUUCUCAAGUGGAAUUCAGGGCUUCUACGGCGCCAUCAACAAUAGCUCCUGUCAAAGAGAAGAAGUCCAAGUCCUCAACAGACACAGUUGUUCGGCACUAUGUUGAAGGCGAGUCAGGGUCUGACGAAGAAAACGAUGAAGGCAUGGAUGUAGAAAUCGAGGCAGGCAGCGAUGACGAAGGCAGCAUCGAAGAUAUUGAGCUUGGAGGAGAAAGCGAUAGUGACGAAGAUGAGGAUGAUGAUAGUGAGGAGAGCGGCGAAGAAGGUGGCUUCAUCGACGAUGAAGCGGAAGAAGACUUUAGUGAUGAAGAAGACGAUGAAGGAAGUGAAUAG